AUGGCAAAAGAAGGCCAGUCUAGCGCGCCAGACAAGGGCAAGGGAAAAGUGGACGAUUUACGAGAUGUUCAAGAAGAGAAGAAGGAUAUGAAAGAUGCGAAGACGACGAUAAAUGGUAAAAAGGAAGAGGUACCCAAAGAAGAAGAGCUCAAUGAAGAGGACCAACAGUUAAAGGAAAAACUAGAGAUGCUUGUAGAGAGACUACAGGAGCCGAAUACCUCAUUAUACAAACAAGCGUUGGAGACUAUCAAAGAACUAAUCAAGACAUCCACAUCAUCAAUGACAGCUGUACCAAAACCAUUGAAGUUUUUAAGACCGCAUUAUGAUGGGCUCGCAUCCCAGUAUGAGCAAUGGCCAAGUGGCGAUGAUAAGGAUUCUCUUGCGGAUAUGCUUUCGGUAUUGGGCAUGACCUAUGGCGACGAAGAAAAGUUCGAAACCCUCAAGUACCGCCUUCUUUCACGAUCGGACGACCUUGGCUCUUGGGGCCAUGAGUAUAUCAGGCAUCUUGCGUUGGAAAUUGGCCAGGAAUACCAAAAUAGGAUAACAGACGAAAAGGAUGUGCAAGAUUUGGUUGACCUUGCUCUGUCGCUGGUUCCCUACUUUCUUAGACACAACGCCGAAGCAGAUGCUGUCGACCUUCUAAGUGAGCUCGAAAUGAUCGAGGAGAUAUCUAAAUUCGUCGACGAAAAUACAUACCCUAGAGUAUGUCUCUAUAUGGCUAGUAUGGUGAAUCUUCUUACAUACCCAGAAGAUCACCAGUUCUUGCGAACAGCACAUGAUAUUUACAUGAGGUACAACAAAUUUACUCAGGCCAUUGUCAUUGCCAUUCGGCUGAAUGACCUCGAUCUAAUAUUGAGUGAUUUCAAUGCAACAACAGACAAAUCUGUUAGGCGACAGAUGGCCUUUUUAGUUGCCCGUCAGCAGAUCUGGCUAGAUAUAGAAGAUGAAUCCGACCCAGAACUCGCCGAAUGUCUUAAUAACUCCCAGCUUUCCGCCCACUUUCGCACUGUUGCUAAAGAGCUUAACAUACUUGAUCCAAAGAUGCCUGCAGAUAUCUACAAGUGUCAUCUUGACGCUAACCGUGCAGCAGGCCUUACAAAUGUUGACUCUGCGAGACACAACCUGAGUAGUGCAUUUGUGAAUGCUUUUACAAAUGCAGGCUUUUCUAACGAUAAGAUGAUGUUAGUUGACGGUGAUAAAGGACCAUGGGUAUGGAAAACGAAGGAUGAUGGCAUGAUGUCAACAACAGCUUCCAUGGGAAUGCUCCUUCAAUGGAACGUAGAUGAAGGCUUGGAUAAGAUUGACAGGUUCACCUACCUGGAAGAGUAUCAAAUCAAAGCUGGAGCUCUACUCGCAAUUGGCAUACUUAAUUCCGGUGUAAGGCUCGAUUCGGAUCCUGCGCUUGCCCUGCUAGGUGACUCGGAUAACUUGGCAAGUAAAAACACCAUGAUGCGCGUGGCGUCGAUAAUGGGCCUGGGACUUUCAUAUGCUGGAUCAUGCCGGGAGGAUCUCCUGGAUCUUCUUUUGCCUAUUGUUGAGGAUGCUUCACUACCAAUGCAGAUUUCGGCAAUGGCUGCAGUGUCGUUGGGGUUGGUUUUCGUCGGCUCGUCUAAUCAUCAAGUUAGCGAGGCUAUUGCUACGACCUUAUUAGAUGAAGAGAGGCAACCCCAACUAAAAGAUAAAUGGACAAGAUUUAUGGCGCUGGGCCUUGCAUUACUCUAUUUCGGGAGACAGGAAGAAGUUGAGGUUAUUCUCGACAUCCUAAAGGCAAUUGACCACCCAAUGGCCAAACCAACGUCUGUGUUAGCUUCUGUGUGCGCCUGGGCUGGAACUGGUACAGUCUUAAAACUUCAAGAACUCCUCCAUAUUUGCAACGAGCAUAUUGAUGAUAAGGAGGAGAAGAAAGGAGAGGAGCUUGUCCAAUCUUACGCUGUACUUGGUUUGUCGCUCAUUGCCAUGGGAGAAGAUAUCGGGCAAGAAAUGGUUCUCCGACAAUUUGGACACCUAAUGCACUAUGGUGCUGCGAACAUCCGAAAGGCUGUACCUCUUGCCAUGGGUCUCAUCAGCGCAAGUAACCCCCAAAUGGGCGUUUAUGAUACUCUUUCACGAUAUACCCAUGAUAAUGACAACGAUGUCGCUGUUAAUGCUAUUUUCGCAAUGGGCCUUCUUGGGGCCGGCACCAACAACGCUAGACUGGCGCAGCUACUUCGGCAACUUGCAAGCUACUACCAUAGAGACCAGGGCUCACUAUUCAUGGUCCGAAUCGCCCAAGGCCUCCUUCACAUGGGGAAAGGCAGUCUUACAGUCAACCCAUUCCACACUGAUCGUCAGGUACUAUCAAGGGUUGCUGCUGCUGGCCUGCUCACCGUAUUGGUCGCCAUGAUAGAUGCCAAAGAUUUUGUUCUUGCGGAUUCUCAUUAUCUCCUCUACUAUCUCGUCACCGCGCUAUACCCCCGCUUUUUGGUUACACUUGAUGAAGAUCUGCAGCCCCUCAAGGUGAAUGUUCGUGUUGGUCAGGCUGUGGAUGUGGUCGGCCAAGCUGGUCGACCAAAAACCAUUACUGGGUGGCAAACGCAAAGUACGCCCGUAUUACUGUCAUACGGGGAAAGAGCCGAACUUGAAGACGAGGAAUAUAUCAGUCUCAGCAAUACUCUUGAAGGACUUGUGAUUUUGCGAAAGAAUCCGGAAUGGCAGGGCUCAUGA